AUGGCUGACCGUGGUGCAAGCGCCCCCCGUGGCGGCGGUGGUUUCGGAUCCCGUGGCGGUGACCGUGGUCGUGGACGCGGCCGUGGUCGCGGACGUCGCGGCGGCAAGAGCGAGGAGAAGGAGUGGCAGCCCGUCACCAAGCUUGGCCGUCUCGUGAAGGCCGGCAAGAUCCAGUCCAUGGAGGAGAUCUACCUGCACUCCCUGCCCAUCAAGGAGUACCAGAUCGUCGACUUCUUCCUGCCCAAGCUCAAGGAUGAGGUCAUGAAGAUCAAGCCCGUCCAGAAGCAGACCCGUGCCGGUCAGCGCACGCGCUUCAAGGCCAUCGUCCUCAUCGGUGACUCCGAGGGCCACGUCGGUCUCGGUAUCAAGACCUCCAAGGAAGUCGCUACCGCCAUCCGCGCUGCCAUCAUCAUCGCCAAGCUCAGCGUCAUCCCCGUCCGUCGCGGAUACUGGGGUACCAACCUCGGUCUCCCCCACUCCCUGCCCACCAAGGAGUCUGGCAAGUGCGGUUCCGUCACCGUUCGUCUCAUUCCCGCCCCCCGCGGUACCGGCCUUGUCGCCUCCCCCGCCGUCAAGCGUCUCCUCCAGCUUGCUGGUGUCGAGGAUGCCUACACCUCCUCCGCCGGCUCCACCAAGACCCUCGAGAACACCCUCAAGGCCACCUUCGUCGCCGUCUCCAACACCUACGGCUUCCUUACCCCCAACCUGUGGAAGGAGACCAAGCUCAUUAGAUCCCCGCUCGAGGAGUACGCGGACACCCUGCGUGAGGGCAAGAAGUACUAG